AUGCUGCAAAUCCCCGAAAUAAUACCCCCGCCCCUCGGCCCCAAGCCGCACCCUCUUUUCCACCAGCCCCGCGCGCCACUCCCCGUCCAGCCCGCCGCUCCCGCUGCCGGCCAGCCCCGCCGGCAGCGGCAGCCGAAGAUCUGGGAUCUGCUGCCGACGCCGAAAGCGCCGGAAAAAAGCAGCAGUGGUUUUUGGCCGGAGCGGACGCCUGGCUUUCCGCGUCGCCCUAGCGACCGCUCUGUCAAGUGUUAUGCGCUUCACGUGCGAAACCGAUCGCUGUGUGUUAAUCAGACUGCGCUCCAGGACAGUUCUGCUCUCAAGGAGACUGCGGAUCUCCAGAACGAGAGCUCGUCGAAACCUUGGACUGGGAUCACUAGUCCACGGCAAGGGUUUCGCGCCAUUGGCGUGCCGAAGGUGCUGGGAAACCUUCCAGCUAACUUCCGCGAAGCUGCAGUCGACUCAGCCGGAAAAUUCAACGACAUCAAGGCGUUCAACGCUGUUCAAGAAGCAGCAGGGAAUGGACACUUCUGGAAGAAUGACGAGCAUAAUAAGUCAGGAGGUUUGUCCGUCUCGGCUCGAUUUGCCAGCAGCGGGGUAGCUUGUAACGAGACAGCAGACGGUGGUGAGGUUCCCUAUAACGAAGCAUCGCAUAGCGAGCCAGAGGCCAGCAGGUGGGCUGUGACUCCCCAGGCUCCCGAAAUCGCGCGUCAAGCGGCGGGAAUCGCGCUUCAGGGGCGAGUGCUGCUCGCCUGUGAGGCGCGCGAAAUGGAGCAGAGGCGCAUGCAGCAGGAGAAAACGCAGCGGGAGCGAAUGCAGCAGAGGAGAACGCAGUUCAGGGCAUACAGGGAAGCGCCUAUAUGCGCUGCUGACCUGAACGAACUCCUGACAGCCGUCCUUGGUAUCUUCUCCGAUGCUUCCUCUGAUAAGCCCUCAAAGUCCUCAUGGUUUUGGCGGUUAAUAUCCGAGGAGGAGGAAGAGCAGGGGGCGGGAGAGGGUGGGGAUGGGAAUGCGGCGCAGCGGGGAAAGGUUGGAUCGGGGCGAUUCGGGAGCCCUGCCGGUGUAUUGGAGUAUAUUGGGUUUGAUGAUGACGAGGAUGAGGAGGAUUGA